AGCUACAGCUGCUACCAACUGGCAUGACUCCAGCAGCCGCAGCCACGCUAUCUUCACCAUCCACUUCACACAGGCGAGACUGGAUGCAGACAUGCCCAGUGAGAUGGUGAGCAAGAUUCAUCUAGUAGACCUCGCAGGAAGUGAGAGAGCUGAUCCGAAUUACUCCCGGAAUCGGUUGAAAGAAGGUGCUAACAUCAACAAAUCUCUAGUCAUGCUGGGAAAUGUGAUAUCCGCACUAGCUGAGCGGUCGCGGAUCGCCAACAGACCCGCGGAACCCUCAGCAGCGGCGACAGUGGGCGACGCGUCGACUGUGAGUGACUCUAGCAGCGUGGCGUCUAGUCCGCGCAAGCCGGCAGGGGGCAGCAGCAGUAGUAGCGGCAGUCAGCCGUUCAUUCCUUACCGUGGGUCGGUGCUGACGUGGUUGCUGAAGGACAGUCUGGGAGGCAACGCCAAGACCAUCAUGGUCGCAAGUAAGUACGCUAUAGAACUGACGCGCUCGUGGAUCGGCAAGUGGCAGGAGACCCACGAGAUAAUGAAGUGGUAA